UCUUAUUUAAGCCUGGUAUAAAUAAAUAAAUGGUUUAGCUACUUUAUAAAGUAGAUAUUUAUAUAAAUGAACUAAGAAAUAAUUAUGAUUCAAAUAUUAACAUGAAUUAAACAGCCAACAGAAAACUUAUGUAUACUUUAUUUCUUUUUUUAAGUAUGAUUGACUAAUCAUUGCAAUAAUCAGACCACCAGACUUUAGUCACCAGAAUUAUUUAAAAUUGGAUUUAGAUUACGCAAUAUAUCUGUCUGUGAUCUCUGAGCAGAUGUUGGAUGUUGUAUAUUGAUCCAAAUAUGUGGUCUGAGCAAAAGAAUAAUGUUUAACUUGACUGAACCAAGUGGAUCUUUGUGUGAGGGAAAUGGCCUGUAAGCAAAACAUGAAGUCCUCCAUCUUUUUAUAAUCACUUCAUUAAAAAUGUAUGCACGGGUGCACAAUCCUGCUCUCUCUCACACAUGCACACUCUCACACAGUCUUCCCAGGCAUGAAACGAGUAUUCUGCGAUUUAUCUGGGUCAAACACAAAGCCCCUGCACCCCUCCAUGGUCUUCAAGAGAGAAAGCAGAGAAAAAAUGAGAGGAGGAGAGAGGGGACAUGAGGGUAAAUAAACAAAACGCCCAUAGAACACAUUGAUCCUCUCCACGUGAUGUCACAUUCAUCACUGGGCAAUGGGGCCAGUGAGAGAGAAGGGGGCAAAACCAGAGAGAGGGAGAUGUAUAUGUUUUUGUGAAGGCUGGAUUCUAACAGAGAGGUACUAUCGGGAUUGUUAGAAGGUCUCCACAGGUCAAAAUGACUAAAAGGAACUCAAACCUCAGAUGGUUACUUCUCACCCACCUCUUACUGUCUGAUGUAGUAUUUGGCAGAGCUCCCCACCCUCAAAGCAACCCGAGGCCUUCUGUCACUUCAAUGCCUCAAACAGAGCAAGCAGAAUCACAAGUUGUAGAAGAUGAUCUUGCCGCCGCCCAUCAGUUGGUCUCAAACCUCUCAGCCUCUCUACAAGGUCAGCUGGAUAUUCAAAGCAAUGUAAGCUGUGCAGAACUCUCUAAUGGAGGCUGGAUUGGAAAGGGUUUCUCUCAGGAGCUAUUAGGGUUGGCAAUGGUGCCAGUGCUGGUGUCAGCAGGAUGUUUGUUUGAAGCCCAAGCACUAGUAAUGCAACUCUAUGCGGUGUUGGGGCAAAAGGACACACAUGGAUUUCUACAGGACAUUCUGGAGCUGAUCAAGAGAGGUAAAGAGAGAGAUUCAACACACAUGGUCCAUCAAAGAGUAUUCCAAACCCCUUCCUCUCCUUCUAUGCAAAACUCUGGGUCUCAACGCCACCUACAGGCUGUAAUAUUUAACAUUCAUCAGCUAGCUGAGGUGGGUGAGAAAGAUGAUAAAGGUAAAGUUGGGCCUAGUGGGAAUUGCAAUGGAUGGGUGAGAGUGAAAGGCACUCGGUUCCUCGGGCAGACCACUGAACAGAGCAAGCCAUUGUGUCUUGAAGAAGCACAGCAGGCUUGUGGAAGCUUGGGAUUCCAAUGUGCAGGUGUGACACAGGAUGGCGAUUCUGGAUAUUUCCUUGUUAUCUUGAGGCCUGGAAGCCGCGUGGUGCCUUCAUCUAACUUUGAGAGCUGGAUCCAGAAUUGCAAGGUGGGGUCUGUCCGUUGGCGCAGAAACGGGAUCCCUCAACAUCACUGUGUAAAUGAAAAAGAGGAGCGAGUGUAUACAGUAGUGGAGUGGAUUCCAGCAGUCUCCACACUGUAUAAUCUGGGAACAGCUGUUUACUAUGCUUCGGUCAGCUGCUAUGACACUGCAAAAGAGAGAGCCAUCUUCAGUACUGUGGAUCUGGGCACAGACGCCCUCAUGGCCGCAACAGGGGGAACCGCAGGGGUUGCCGGUUAUGCGUUGGGGGCUGGUUUAAAAACAAGUGUGAAGGCAGGGAUUAAAUAUCUGCUGAACAGCAUGAAAGAGGAAGAUGACCUGGUAAUGAACCAGAACAGCUGGGAGGAUGGAACUCUCAAUGUCCAGUAAAAGACCAAGGAGAAACCUAUGAGGAGAUUAAAGAACAACAGCUACAUUGCUCCAGGGCCUCAAGGAUUUUUACACCUGUAGUAAAUGAUGUUUAGAAUUCUCUAUUGCUAUAUGUCCAGUCACAAUAAAUUUGUUCAGUCAUAAAUACCUUAAUAUCCAAAAGGUAUUUAAUGACAUCAGCAGGAAGUGACAUUAUUUUUUGGUGGGAAAUAAUAGCAGCCUAAACAUGAGCACCCCCCCCCCCCCCCCUUUUCAACAUUCCAUACUGUUAGGUUAUAGAAAUAUGGAUUUAUUUUAUUUUAUAUAUAUUAUACUAUUAUAAUACGAUAUAAUGUGUCAUUAUUGUUUCAGAAAACAUCCUUUUUAUGCAUCACGAUUAAUUUGCUUGUCAUUAUGUAAAUAAUUCCUGAGUUUGAUCAUAUAUUUUAAAUCCUAAUAAUCCUAUUUUAAUUUAGUUAGAGACUUCAAAAUGUACCUUUAUAACAGUAGCCACUUAUUAUAACGUAGCUACUCAAUAUUUACAUCAGUUCUCCAGCGUCAGCGGAGACUUUGCGGAGACUCACGUUAAGCAUGUGUAAUAUUUAACUGUUAUAGGCCAUCACACCAGAACACUACUAGAUUACAAGACAAACAGAAUAGACUGCAUAAAACCAAACUUUAUAACUUUAUAUAUGUGAUUAGAGUGUAGCAGUUACAAGUAAAGUAAAAUAGAAAUGU